AGUGUGUGUGCGUGCAGGUGGGGACGUAUGUGCUUACGUCAGCAAAUGCGAAGAUUACAGAGUGCAGGCUCUGUUUGCCGAACGUAGCAGGCAUGGCGUUUCCAUCCAUUUGACGUUGCUCGCACAAUGUUGGGGUCCCUUUUGGCUGUCGCCUGUGCUCAGUUUCUCGGUCGAAAUUAUCUGUGCGUGUGUCACAUAAAUAUGGCGGUGUGCAUUAGGUACGUGUACGUGUGUGUGUGUGUGUGUGUGUGUGUGUGUGUGUGUGUGUGUGUGUGUGUGUGUGUGUGUGUGUGUGUUCGAGAGAGUGUUCUCGGUAAAAGGUGUGGGUGCGCACGAAUCAGCACCAUUUCAUUCAUACAAAUCACACACAGCCCAAGCGAAGAGACAUUUGUGACAGAGACAGGUAGUGGGAGGAAGGAUGAACAGGAAAUGAAAAUGGAUGGAAAGCUUGCUCUCUGCUGCUGGUGGCCUUUGAACCCCAUGGUGCUGCCCAAUGGAAGGACUCGCAGCUGGCACACACAGACACUUACGUGAUGGAAGCGUGGCUACUGCUUUCGUCCCCACAGCGAGCGAAUGAAGUCGCUCAAAACGCACGGAACGCUCAGCCAACGCGGUGACAACAGGAGAGAGAGAGAGAGAGAGCCCGUGCCCGAGAGAGCGCGCUUUUCCGUGUGUGGCUUUCCGUCGAUGUAGCGCACGGUGUGAAAAGUGCUUGACCCGAGUAUCGGUUCUGAUGCUUACGGGAUCGGAUCGUUGCGUUCGUGGUCGUUCGAGGUAGACCUCUUCCAAGGAGAGAGAGUGAGUGAAGGAAAAAAAAGCACACACACAAAAAGAAAGGAAGGUGCUGUGAACAAAACCAGCCAGCAGACACAGAUCCUGGUGCAUCUCGGUGGUGGGCACAUGUGCGGGCUACGCUUCAGAACAAGAAAUUCUCCGUCUCAGAAGACAUCCCUACGGUGGGGCGAUAGCUGUCCGUGCGUUCGACAGUAGAGUGCAGGCAAAACCCACGACCAGCCACUUCAUCGCCUGCCACUGUCCAGUGCGUGUGUGUGUGUGCGUGUUUGUGGUGGUGCUUUUUUGCCUAGCCCCGAAAAAACCCUCCGCGGGGUGGGGACACUAUCUGCAGCGAACAGAGCGAAGGGCCCGCGUUACAUUUUGCACACUUACCCCGAAGCAAACGCACAUUCAUCGAACCCUUCUGCAAGGCUUCUUCUCAGCACUAGCAGCACCAGUAGCACCAGCAGCAGCAGCAGCAGCAGCAGUUCACCACGGAAGCAGAACAUCACCAGCAAUACAUUCGCCCUAGAUAAAGGGAAGAAACAAUUGCGAAGAAAGCGAACGUGCAUGUGUGUGACUUAGUGAAUUUUAGGCCAAGGAUGAAUUCACAGUGACCCAAAGGACCACUACAGUACGUACGGCGGGGAAUCAAGUGAGUAAUUUCGUGCAGUGUGAAUUCGAAAUCCCUUUGGUGGUGUGAGAAGACAGCACACAAACGGCAUACUAAGAUUUGUCAAAAUGUUUUCCAACCACACAUCAAACGGUGAGCCACGAUAACUGUGGAGCGCAAGCUCGAAAUUCGCAGCUGUCGAAAGUUACGUGCUGUGGUGUGCUUGGUGAGAACGACGGGUUUUCGUUGAGGCCAAUCCUAAUAUCACCGUGCCUUUCCCUUCAGGCGUGUGUGUUUGUUUGAAAAUAUUUGAAAAGAGUGUACGGUGAAAAGUGAUCAGAUUAAGAAAGCAAUCCGUGUGAUUUCUGUGUGUGUGUGGAAUACGCGUAAUCUCAUCCAACUGCUGCUGCGCCUGUUUCUUUGCUCCUUCUCUUCCGCACUUCCACCACUAGUGGGUCUGCGCCUACUGCGUCUAGCGUCCUUCAAGGUGCUUUCUGGCAGCAUCCAUAAUUGUGUUGUGUGCAUCACUUUGUUGUACCACUGUUUGGAAGCGAACCCGAUCCGACCACGGAAAAGCAAGCGCACGCACCAACUGGUAGCAUACCGGUGGCUGGCUGAAGAACGAACCGAAACAACGAUCCGAGACUGUGCGAUAUAAAUAAACCAAAACCCACCGCCGGAAGUACAGGCCGCCGGCACACGUCUCCGGCAGCGAACGCGUACACACAUAAUAAAACGCCAUGUUACGUCAAAGCUAAGGUGUGCGAAAGGAAGCGCGUGUGUGCAGAAGAAGAACAUAAAUACAUAAAUAAAAAAGAACACCGUCAACCGAAAGCACCGGCACGACCAACGUUCGCCAGUGUCAAGGACGUUUGUCGUUCUUGUCCAAUCCGGUAGAUUUGCGUCUUUGCGUCCAAAGCGUAGGCCCACGCCGGACAGCAGCUCGACCCACACUCGGUGGUAGCGAUAUCAAGCGCUUGUGAUUAGGCUGGCAUCCAGCGGCACUGUCUAAAUCGAGUCUCGCAACCCGUACUCCCCAGAAGCCCGCAACUAGCCCGACCAGCAGCGCAGGGCGCACAUCCCGAAUACGCGUCAACAUGAUUAAUAUUGCCGGUGUCGUCAGCAUUGUGCUGUUCUACAUCCUGAUCCUAGCGGUCGGGAUAUGGGCGGGCAGGAAAAAGGAGUCCGGAAAUGAUUCCGAGGAGGAAGUGAUGCUGGCCGGACGUUCGAUUGGGCUGUUUGUCGGUAUUUUCACCAUGACCGCGACCUGGGUCGGUGGCGGUUACAUCAACGGCACGGCGGAAGCCAUCUAUACGUCCGGGCUGGUCUGGUGUCAGGCACCGUUUGGCUACGCGCUCAGCUUAGUAUUUGGGGGCAUCUUUUUCGCGAACCCGAUGCGAAAGCAGGGUUACAUCACGAUGCUGGACCCGCUGCAGGACAGCUUCGGCGAGCGGAUGGGCGGGCUGCUCUUUCUCCCGGCGCUGUGCGGCGAGGUGUUCUGGGCGGCGGGCAUUCUGGCCGCCCUGGGCGCCACCCUGUCGGUGAUCAUCGACAUGGAGCAGGAGACCUCGGUCAUCCUGUCGGCGUGCAUCGCCGUCUUUUACACCCUGUUCGGGGGUCUGUACUCGGUGGCGUACACCGACGUGAUACAGCUGUUCUGUAUCUUCAUCGGGCUGUGGAUGUGCAUCCCGUUCGCGUGGGCCAACGACCACGUCAAGAGCCUGUCCUCGAUGGACGUCGACUGGAUCGGCGAGAUCGGCGAGGGCUACACCUGGUUCUAUCUCGACUACGGACUGUUGCUAAUCUUUGGCGGCAUACCGUGGCAGGUCUACUUCCAGCGCGUACUUUCCAGCAAAACGGCCGGCCGCGCUCAGAUCCUUUCUUAUGUGGCUGCGUUCGGCUGCAUCCUGAUGGCCAUACCGCCCGUACUGAUUGGUGCCAUCGCUAAGGCAACACCUUGGAACGAGACGGACUACAAGGGCCCGUGGCCGCUGACGACGCAGGAAACGAGCAUGAUCCUGCCGAUGGUGCUCCAGUACCUGACGCCCGACUUUGUGUCGUUCUUUGGGCUGGGAGCCGUCUCCGCCGCCGUCAUGUCGUCGGCCGACUCCUCGGUGCUGUCCGCGUCCUCCAUGUUUGCCCGCAACGUUUACCGGCUGAUCUUCCGGCAGCGUGCCUCGGAGAUGGAAAUUAUCUGGGUCAUGCGUGUGUCGAUUCUGGUCGUCGGCAUCCUGUCCACCAUUAUGGCGCUCACCAUACCCUCGAUCUACGGCUUGUGGUCAAUGUGUUCCGACUUGGUGUACUGUAUUCUCUUCCCGCAGCUUUUGAUGGUGGUACACUUUAAGCACCAUUGCAACACAUACGGCAGCUUGGCGGCGUACAUCAUCGCGUUCAUGGUGCGACUGUCUGGCGGCGAGGCCAUGCUCGGACUGCCCGCCCUGAUCCACUAUCCGGGCUACAACGAGGAAACCAGCACACAGAUGUUCCCCUUCCGGACGAUGGCCAUGAUCAUGAGCCUGAUCACGCUCGUCGGAGUGUCCUGGUGGACGAAAUGGGUGUUCGAGACGGGCCGGUUGGCACCGCACUACGAUUACUUCCGCUGCGUGGUAAACAUACCGGAGGAGCUGCACCGUGUCGGCGAACCGUCGGAUUCGGGCGAACAGCUCUCGGUAAUGGCGGGCGGUAUGACGCGCAUGUACGGUGCGGCCACCAUGGUCGGCAAGGACGAGCGAAACGGGCGAAUAAAUCCGGCCCUCGAGCCGGACGACGAUCUGCCGGUGGCGGAAGCGCAGCGACAGAUGCAGCAAUCCGCGGGCGGAGGCGGCAGCGUUGCGGCGCAGGGCGGCGUCGUCCCCGGCACUGGACCGGCCCAGGGCCAUACGGCCUUUUGAAACGCGCCCGCCGGGUCCGGCGUUCGGUUUGACUGAACGGUUUCCGCGUCACGGCAGGGGACGGACUAAGCGCAUGUAGAACGCAUUAGGUGACUUUAUUCGCGUGCAGUAUUUGGAGCAUGGUCUCCGCCCUUUCCUCCCUCCCCUCCCCUCAUCUAUUCCCUAUUCCUCCUCUUACCUUCAUCCUCCUUCUCAGCGGAGCAGGAGGGAUGGAUAUAAAGUGACGAAUUAUCAGCAAAACUCAAUACAUAUCAAGAAACAACCAAACAAGACCGUACGAAUGGUGUAGUAUUAAAAAGUAUAGUAGCAAUUAAGUGGAAUUAAGUGGCGAAGAGAUGUAAGAGAUGUGAUUUCGAAAGGCAAAGCAAACACACAAACGUAGCUAAAAAGGAGAAUGGAACAAAUGACAAAGUGCGUGUAACGAAUACAUAUCAAAUCAAAUCACUAGGAGCGAACUCUAGCUACCGAAAGGGAAGCUACACGGCGGAGGAAAGCCAACCACCGUUGCGUUGGGAUGCAUGUUCACGAGGUAACCAAUACAUAUCAAAGUACGCUGAAGCUGCAGGAGAAUACAACCUAUAUAGGGAUAAUACUAUACAUACAUUAACGAAAGCAAGCAACUAGUAAAGAUUAUACUUACCUAUCACUGUUAGUUGGUUAAACGCGCCACUCCCCCCUUUACCCGAAGGAAAUGUGAAGCGGCGCAGUGAAAGUGUGGUUAAAGUGUAGCAAAUUUUAAUGACCUGUUAGUGGCGGAAGUGGGAAAGAAGCAUGUUGCACGAUAAUAUGAUUAACUUACGUUAUGUUGCCUCGCUCCUAACCCAGAUUUCUUUUCGCUGUGCGACCAAACGAAAAGGCUCGUAGAUAGGUAUUGUGAAUCGUGUCGGCUGGCUGGAAAGUGGAUAGUUUCGUCAGUCGCACUGUUGUUGAAUUUGCUUUUUAGUAUCUUCUCAGAAAUGGACAAGCUUUAAAUGUUUUUAAUCUGUUAGUACAGUAGUACACAAAAGAGGGAAAAUUACGAAGCGCAAAUCGCUCACAAAUAGUAACGACGCGAGAACGAGCUGAUGGGACGAGAGAUGGAAACUGUUACGCUUUGUUGUGCAGAUAUUAGCAGAUUCAGUAUAUUUAUUGUUUGCUUUUGUAACAGCACAUACUUUUUGUGUUCUAAUAUUCUACCGUACUGUUAUGGUGCCGAGUUCAGAGAGUUUAGUGUACAUGGGACGAGGCAGCGCCGCAAGCAUUUGGACGGUGAGGUUGAAAGUUUGGUGAGGGGAAAAAGCCUGUUGACUGUGACUGGAGUACUGUGAACCGCAGAACCUAUAGAACUGAUACUUUAGUCCGGCAGGCGGGUAGAAGCACAGGAGGGAAGCAAAAAUCCCCAAUCAAAAGCAAACACAUAUCAUAAGCGUGUCCUGAACAACUACAAACGAGCGGUGUUGCAUUCCACUGCAGCAUAUCCAAUGAUAUUACUAGUGAAGGCGAUAUACAUAUAUACAUACAUACAUAUAUACACAUCUAUAUAUACACAUAUGAAUAUAUAUAUAUACAUACAAAGUCUGCUGGAAAAUGGGUGAAAACUCCCAUUCUAGAUUUCUAGAGCCGUAGGCAGCGUUAAAGGAAGGAAUACGAGCAAACGAAAGACAAAAAAACACACACACACGGCAAAACAUUCGUCGAUUCGACAGAGCAUUUUGCGUUAUGCUUUUGACUAGCUAGAACAAUGCAUGGUUGAAUGAAAUUCUUCUGCAUCUCUCUAUCUGUCAUCGGUGGAAAAUGCAUGGUUUGUUUCACUCCCUCUGUUUCUCGAAACCAGCUAAAGUAGUAAUAUAAAGAAGCUGUUUUAAUAAAACUACACAAAAACUGGGAAUUAACUGCAGCGGCCGCAGCGGUAAUAAGAUAAGACAGAAACUCGAAACCCACACAUAUCAAUGUGAGACCUUCCAGGCGUUCAUACCCAACCUUAAAAACGACUCUCUCUCUCUCCUUUCGACGUUGCAAAAAAACACGUGUAUAGGAAGUAAGCAACGUUCGGAAGUAUCCAUUUCUAUCGAAUCGUUCUCUUAAUGUGCCUCCCUUCUUCCACGGAUUGGUAGACUCUUGAUAGGACCGUCCACCAGCAAACAAAACGAAACAAAAAAAGCCCAUUUGUGAGCCUGUGUGAGAGUACGGCCGGUUCUACAAAUCCGCAUCGGCCGUGUGGACCACCAGGCACCAAGGAUCGGUGUGUUGUGUUUUGAGGUUGUAAAACAAAAUCCCCGUCACGAACUAUACUAAAUGACAAUUUACAAGUUUUCUUUGCACAAAUGCUGCCCACUUCUUUUACGGGUGACUAUGAAUCAAAUCAAUUGCCGUGUUUCUCGCUCUUCUAUCUCGCUGUAUUCGGUUUCAUGUUCGAUUCUCAUGCAUGUUGUUGUUGGACCUGUUCAACCCGUUUGCUCCAACGAAAUCGAUGUUGUUGACGCUUACGCUUUAUGAGAAAUAUCGGUUGCAUAUCUGAACCCGCUCGGGGACAGUUCCGUUCCAAUCCGUGUCCCGCUUUGCGCCCCAUUGACUGUUUUCCCUUUCUUUUGCGUGUGUUUAAACUUUUACUGGCCCGGGGAAACUUUAACGAAGAAGAGGCUAAACCAAAAAACAGGGAUACAGAACUCUUCCCUACCAAACAUGCUCCCACAAAAACACUCCCCCGAAUUCCCUUCUUGUUAGAUUGUUGAUUGAAUGCUGAAAUGAGAAACUAUAUACAUAAACUAAAUUAAAGGUAAACGAUAAAGCAAACGUUACAAAUGUUGUUCUUAGCUGUGCUACUACUUAUAUAUAAGCGUACAUUUGAUUGCAGACCACUGGAAUAUAACGCUGGAAUGGGAUGAACUUUGUUUGACAAAACUGUUUCCACUACAUUGUUGAGCUCUGUUGGAGUUGGGGACUUAAAAACAAAAAGCUGAAUGUGAAGAAAGCCCGUGGAACAUGACAGCAUGACAAAAACAAACAAAAAAACUACAAUUAAAAAUGACACAUUACUGUAAGGUGAAGAGAUGAAGUGAUUGGUAGGAAAUGGAAAAGUGAAACGAAACUGCAAGCAAACCAAAAUUACUUAAAAACGUACAAUAGCAGACAAAAGAAAGAAAGAAAGGAAAGCAAAACAAGCAAAUAAACUCAUAAUCGUUGUUAAUGGGUAAGCAUCCAUCCGAAAGCGGGAAACUCGAUACAUAUCGUACAUGCCUAUAAAUAGCAGCAUACACACAUACAGAAACAACCACUCACACACAUACACACACACACACACACACACACACACCAGUGUUAAUAAUAGUUGAUUGUAGGGUUGCAAAGCAAAUACCAAAAAAAUUAGGUGCAUAUAGUUAAAAAAUUGCGCCAAGCGUUACGCAAAACCCCAAAAUACUGCAACACGCUUUGGAACGAACUUUCGGACAUGUGGGUAGCUGCAUGUGUCAGUGAAGUGAAGGAAUGGUAAACAUGCAGGUGUAGUAACCAGCAACAGAUGCAUACAUAUCAAUUGUUAUCCGAGAGCUUCAAACACUAAUAAACGUAACGGAAAACAUAAACAGGAAAAAUCAUCUUACUAAACGCUUGAGUAUCACAUUGGUUUUAUUGUUUUAUUCACAUUUUUGCUAGCUUGUUCGUAGGAUUAUGUGAUCUUGAUUGUUUCAUUUUUAGCAGAAAUUGAUAAACUUUUCUUUUUUAGUUUAUAUUGUCAAUCCCAAAGGAAACAUAAUUGUGUUUUUUUUUUAUUGUUUAGUAUAUUAUCCUUUCUGGAUGAAAGGUCUCUCGCUUGAUAGUCCGUUACACGUACCACACAAAUGGAAAGCAUUUAUUUAAAGUAGCUAAAGGGGAUGAUAGUAAAAAUAAAACCAAAAAAACAUAAACAGAAAAAUAGAUGUACAUGUACUUUAAUAGAAGUUAAGCUAAGUUAUACACACAUGUAUGUAAAUGUAGAAGAAAACCAAAAACAAACUAUAAGAAAACACAAAAGUUUAAACUAUAAAAAAGAACCUUAGAACGGAAGGACUGAGUGAGUAGGAAUGAUCAAAGCAGGCGAAAGGAUAAAAUCAUUAUCACGGAUGUGUGUAUGUAAAAGCAACUUACUUGGUGAGCAUCGGGGGAAUGCCUGUGGUAAAUAAAUGUGUUGGUCAAUUCACAUUGCGUUUGUGGAUUGAUUGUGGAAUAAAGCAAA